GGUUCAGAACUCCUGUGUGCGAUACCCGUGCAGCGCGAAACGAGUGCGUUUUUUUGGGGAUUCUUUCCUGGAUUACCCUGUUCACCCGCGUGUGGUUGUCGCGUCUCCAUCCGAGAACCUUCCCGGAUUGCCACGUGCAGAGCAGUGUUGAAUCUUCUGCAUAUAGCAUACAUACCCAUAGCACCGGACGGCUGGAUGGUACGGAUUUGCUGUAGCAGGUCCAGAACGAUAGGAAACGGUGGUACGUGAUGCUGCUAGAAAAACAUUGAAACCGUAAUGGAUUUCAGCGGAUUUGUUGGGAGAUAUGCAUAUCUGUGUAACCCAUGACGCGGAGAGAUUUGCCCUAGUGAGUGUUCAGUGGAUGUGGGAUAAGAAAAUUAGCUAGUGUUUUUUUUUGUUAUUCAGCUUCAGAUGCGAGAAUCUAUGCAUUUGGGUUUAGGAGAAUUGAACAUAAUUGUGUUCGCAUGAAUUGGUCGGUUUGUGCAACGAAAAGGUGUGCUUGUGUCAGAGCAGUGAAAAAACGGUCCGAGUGUACCGAGGAAAAUUUUCCACUGAUGUAAGAGAGCGAGAGCAAAAAAGUUGAACAACCAAAGUGAAUCCCCAUGGAGUAUACGUACAUAUUGAUAGUUUCAGCCUAGUGAGUGGUAAUGAACAUAGCCAGUAGGAGAGUCACCAGCAUAAUUGGAGCAUUAAUCACCAGCUGUUGGCACGGGAAAUACGUGAUCAAUUAGUGAUCACGAGAGAGCGCAGCGGAGCUAAACCCGAACCCGGAUUUCCAUCCUCUCCUAUGGUGGCGAAAACAACGUGACAGUAAUAAAAUUGCACAAAAAAAAAUCAUCAAAUCCGUGGAAUGUUUUCGCUCGUUUCGCGGAAGCAAAGCUGUCCCGCCCGGAACGAGUUGAACCAAACGAUGGACAAAGAACGACAGCGGCCGCGGGUUCCCAUGUGAAGUGCUCAUCCCCGCCAGCAAGAGCAGGGUUAGUAGGGGGAUGCUAUGGAUAGCGAACAAAGGGGGAUUAUCGAUCACGUAAACAGAUCGUCGAGUAAUAAACUGGCGCUGAAUUAACAUCUCCCGGUGUGGCGAAUGGAUGUUUUCGUUUCCAAUAUCAUAACAUAAUGGGAGUGUGUGGGGAAUAUGUGUGUUUAUGAAAUGUUAGCGCUCAUAAAUGUUUUCUGAGUCGGUGUGAAGAGCAACCGGAAAUUGGCAAAUGGCACACAUCAUUGAAUGGGCAUCGGUUUAAUUAAAAUUCGAUAUGUAAGUGAGAAAAAAGUGGGGUGGAACAACUUAAACAAAGCACGAGAAAAAACGAGUAAAUCCGUAAGAUAAACAUUCAACAAAAGAAAGCAGAAAGAAGAAAAAACACUUGCGUCAGCCCAAAAAAUUUGAAGACCAAAACUUGCCGCGUGAGCAGAAAUCGGAAAAUCGAGAUCGAAGGAAGGUAAAUCGCUGCAUCGAAUUGAAGUCUGCCUCCCUUUUUUGGGCACCCGUCUCUGGCAGUUAUGUAAGUUAUGUGGAAUUUAUGGAAAGCAUUUCCAGCUCAACGAGCCUACGGAUGCUGAGUAAUGUUCGGGGCGGAUCAUUUCACGGUGCGGACGGCAACGGAUUGACGGGAAAGGACUGCAGGGAGGCGAACGGAAUUUGGAAUAUAAUUCAUAGCAAAAUUGAUGAACAUCAACGGUUGGACAGUGGUAGCACUGCUGGGUAGGCGUCGGAAGCCGGUGAUAGACCGGGAGGAUUGGAACCAAAUCCAGUCGGCAGCUGAAAAUGACCCAAACAAUUUCUGGUCCCAGUCGGAAGUGUAGUUAUAGCGAGUGAUGUGUGGAAAUUGGUGAACUGUGUGAAUAAAAAGAAGAUAAAAGAAAAACGAGGGGCCAUUUGUUCGUUUUCGGAGACAGAAUUCGUUUCCGAUUGGAGUGCUUUUCGGGUGUGCCUCGGUGAUUUAUUGACAGUGACAUGAUGGGUAGAGCACAUUCGAAAUGGAUCCACAGCAUCAGAACGUAGUCACGCGCGAUUGUCAUAUGAUAAGAACAUCCCACCAGCAAGCGUUCACAGCACCAGCAGUUAUCAGCAGUCGGCAGUCUGCACGAUGGCGCUCUAUGAGAAAACCACGGUCGACAGCUUCCUGUCGCGCUAUAUUCCCGUCACCGGCGUACCGGUUACGGGAACGAUGGCGGCCGCGACGGCCACGACGUUUGAUGAUCUGUUUUUCAACAUCACCUCCACGACAGCAAAUGCGACGGUGGGAAACGAAACGCGCAACAGCCAAGACGAUGAGCCCACCUAUUCGCUGCUUCAAGUCAUCAUUCUGGGCAUCAUCGCCACCGUGCUGAGUAUCCUGACGGUGGCCGGCAACGUGAUGGUGAUGAUUUCGUUCAAGAUCGACAAGCAGCUACAAACAAUCAGCAACUAUUUUUUAUUCUCACUCGCAAUCGCGGAUUUUGCGAUCGGGCUGAUAUCGAUGCCGUUGUUCUCGGUGACCACACUGUUGGGCUACUGGCCUCUGGGGCCGCACAUAUGUGACACCUGGUUGGCGCUGGAUUAUUUGGCAUCGAAUGCGUCCGUGCUGAAUCUGCUCAUUAUUAGCUUUGAUAGGUACUUUAGCGUUACUAGGCCUCUUACAUAUCGAGCGAAGCGAACCACGUCCCGGGCGGCCAUCAUGAUAGGAGCCGCCUGGGGCAUCAGUUUGCUGCUGUGGCCUCCCUGGAUCUACAGCUGGCCCUACAUCGAGGGCAAGCGAACGGUGCCGGAGGAUCAGUGCUACAUUCAGUUCAUCGAGACAAAUCACUACAUCACUUUCGGGACGGCGAUUGCGGCCUUUUACGUGCCGGUGACGGUCAUGUGCAUUCUCUACUAUCGGAUAUGGCGGGAAACGAAGAAACGGCAGAAAGACUUGAAGAAUCUGACCGGCGACCGGAAGAAGGAUUCCUCCAAGCGGUCCAAUUCGAGCGACGAAAACACAGCCGUGAAUCAUUCGGGAGCGAUAGCGCAGCUGGUUAACGCCGAACCGGACGGCUGGCGGAGGCCUCGCAGUGAGUCCUCGGCGGACGCGGAGAGCGUCUAUAUCACCAACGCAGUCAUAUCGGAUUCCGCCUAUGGCCAUGGGAUGCUCUCGCGUCGCUCUAGCAUUACCGCCAACGGUCUGCCGAAGAAACCGGUGUCGUUCUUCGGCGGCAUCAAGGAGUGGUGUAUCGCGUGGUGGCACUCCGGGCGGGAUGAUUCCGACGAGUACGGGUAUGAUGGCGAGGAACCCUCGGAUCUCGGGUAUGCAACACCUGUAUCCAUAGAAACUCCCUUACCAAGCUCAGUUACCAGAUGCACCUCGUUGAACGUCAUCCGUGACCCUUACUCGACCACGGCUCGGGGUAACGUGGUCAGUAUGAUACCGGAUAUUUCGCCCACGCCUAUGCGGCCCACGUUGCCACCGAUGUCACACCUGCAAGACCUUCAUGGACCAAGAGAUUCACGCUCACUACCGAAUAGCAACCGUCUGGGCUCGCGCUCCGUAAGCCAAGACUCAGUGUAUACCAUUUUGAUUCGUUUACCACCGGAGGGAGGAUCCGGCGACGAGCGGGCACCCUCGAUCAAGAUGAUUCAGGACGACGUUCCGAUGUCGAUGACGGUUCCACCGAGGCGACCACUGCCCUCCCGGGAUUCCGACUAUAUCCUGCCGAUCGGAAGACGGCAGUCGACGGCGACGGCAACGGACAUCCGGCUUCCACUGACGACCAAGAUCAUACCGAAGCCGCUGUCCAAACAGCAGCAGAUUCACCAGGCCAACAUGCUGCAAACUGCCCGGCAGGUGAAGAAGAAGAAAAAAUCUCAGGAAAAACGUCAGGAAACGAAAGCGGCGAAGACGCUAUCCGCGAUUCUGCUCAGCUUCAUCAUUACCUGGACCCCGUACAACAUUCUGGUGCUGCUGAAACCACUGACGGCCUGCACCAAUUGCAUCCCCCAGGAGCUGUGGGAUUUUUUCUACGCCCUGUGUUAUAUCAACUCCACCAUCAAUCCGGUGUGCUACGCGCUGUGCAAUGCGUCCUUCCGGCGGACUUACGUUCGCAUCCUCACGUGCAAGUGGCACACGAGAAAUCGCGAGGCGAUGACACGGGGUGUUUACAAUUAAUUUCGGGUUUCCUCGUUCCUAGCGCAGGUCUGUGUGUGUAUUCAUUGGGGGGGUGGUAAACAUGAAGUGUGCAUUUUGUCUCUCUCUCUCUCUCUCUCUUUCUCUGUCAUUCGGGGACAAUCGAUAAUAGUGUUUUCACUUAUUGGUAGAAGCGUUUUGUUGUCAAUUCAUUAACACUGAAUCGAGCUCAAUUGCUUUCCUGCUCAAAUGAAUUUCGCGCAUUUGGCACAUCUUUGAUGUGGAUGUGUCGUGGCGAGACGUUGAAUUACUAAUUGCGGCUGCUUAUCAGACAGACACAUUAGCCACUGACGGGAUCUUGACGAUGAAUGGUAAAUAUGGAACCAAAUGGGUGCUUUUCGUGCGACGUUUCGGGGGUAGAUUUUCACUGCUGAGUCACUAAUUAAGCUGUGAAUGAGCGGUGGUUUGAACGAAGUUGGAAGACGGUCCUCGUGUGCACUGUAUUUUCCAUUGUACGUUGUUGAUUUCCGUUUGAUACUUUGAAGUGCGAAGCUACAUUCAGAUGGAUGCAGAUUGGGGACAAUGCAGCUGAUAGUGAAAAUUUGAAGACAGCAUUGAAGACAGCCAACGGGCGGCUGGGCGUUGAAUCGUGCAUGUAUGACUCAUGCACUCAUGGAAAAAUAUGUGCUGCAUUCGACAGGCACUACGGGUGUCACAUCACUUGGACAAAGGCAAAGAGUGCAGGAAAACUAUUUUCACACUCUCGAGUUCUUUGAUGGGAAAACUUUUACGCCUUUGAGUCGGACUUUCCCAUUGAAUCGCAGCCAUUUUCAGCCGUGUAUGCUUCGGUUCGGUUGAUAAUGGAUGCACUUUCAAUGUACAUGACAAUGCGGAUUGUGAAGAUUUUUUUUCUGAAUCGCACACAAUCACAUGUGAUGAAUAAUCAUGGAAAAGCCAACAUAUGUUUAUUUAGUGCACGGUUUGAUGUAGCAUAAUGUACAAAGCUAGUAAUAUGAAUCCCAAUCAAAAGACUAUUCUACUUGAAAAACUAUGAAACAUUGGGUACUAAUAGCGCUUUGAAGUUGGCCGAAACUAAUUUUCAUUUUCUAACAAUGAUUUGAUCGUCGUUAAUUAGGUUCCGGGACUCAAACUAUUUAUUAAAUGGUGAUGGAACUACCUAGUUUGUUGCACCUGGCUCAACAAUUACCUUCCUUAUUUUUUGUUUGUUUGCAAGAGCUUUCAUUUUUAGUUCAUUCGCCUCUAAACGAUGACUGGAUGACAUGAUCUCAGAUUUUCGAAACAGAGUUUCGGAAUCCACUGAAUUCGAUCCGAAUAAAAACCGUUUCAUAAUACAUUCACAGCUGAGUCAGCAGUGAACAUCAUAAUUUGAAUCAUGUUUUAAUGAACUUAUUCACGAACCAAAACGGUGCUACUAUGAAUAAUAGAUAUCGGUAUCCAAUAGAAACAAAAGUUGUCAUCCAUGCUUGAGGAAAGGAUUAUUGGAAAAAUCCAUGUAUUGCGGCCCUGUGUAGAUGUUAGCAUCACAUAUGUGUUUUUUCGAGUAAAAACAAUUGCGACCAGUACGACACACGUGUCGAAUUUUAUUAUGACCGCAAAGGAUUAAAUAAAAUAUAAUAUGCCUUAAAAUUGGACUAACAAAGUCCAAUUUUAAAGCAUAAUCUUAGCUUUAGUUUUAUUGCUUCGCAUAGUUAUUAUGAUUUUACACGUAAAAAUUCGCAUUCACUGUGCUUCAGUAGGAACAAUACAAAUUGUGUUACUUAUUUAUUGUAAAGCUAGUCUAUGAGGAAGACUUUUGCAUCUUUUCGCCUUAUGCUGAACAUGAGAAAGCAGAACUACACGUUCACCGUUCAAUUUCCUUUUGUUUCCAUGCUUUGCGAUGGGACAGUUUGUCUUUUCGGUUGUGCGUGGCUGUUUUGUGUUUUUAGUUGCAUGUCGAAACGUGUUGCUCUUAGAAAUCAUGUCAUGCAAAAACUUAGAAAAACUUAGAGCAUUUGAUGGGAGGAGGUGAAUGAUUUCAGAAAUGGAUAAUUGAGACGCAAAUAUACUUUUUUCGCACUGAAAUGCAUAUAAACCAUCGAAAAAAUUAAAUGAACGAUAACUUGGUCAAAUAUGCUUCUUUUCAUAUACCGCACAAAAAAAAAUCGCACAAAAAACCGCACAAGAACAGAAAACCGCACAAAAAAAAUCGCACAAAAAACCGUACAAAAACAGGUUUUACUGUACUUUAACUCUUAAACUAAGGUCGGUGUGGUUUUUUUUUUGGUAUCAAUUCACAAAAUUCUUAAAUUUCUUAGAUCUAUUAAUAAUAGUUUUUCGCCACAAAAUGAAUGGAGUACACCUUCCGCUUCCUGUUUGCCGCGAAAUUCUCGAUGGACUUGGUGGACUUCGGAACAAAAUCUAUCUUCAAGAAGUUUAUCUCCUCCAGCGACUUCUUCGCGUAAUGGGCGGAGGUCAGAACUCCACAUCCUCGUCCGGAUGAUAUUCAUUUUUAUAUAAAAACACCACAUUAAAAGACAUUGUUCAGUUCACGAAAAAUUAAAUGAAUCUUGUAGAUCUUUCAUAAUGUAUCACCAUCUAUCUGGCAAUUUACGAAGUCUGUCCGAAAGGAACGUUCAUCUUUUGAAACCUGGAAUGGAUCUAAAUGGAUCUAACAAAAUUCUGUUCUGAAGUAAAGUGUAUUCUACCCAAAGCAUUCUGCAUCGGUCCAAACAAGAGGUAGUCGAAAGAGACAAGGUCAAGAUCAGUGUUGCCACACAUACAGAUUUAUCGGAAAAGGUACAGAUUUUUUUUCGUUAUUUUUGGUACAGAUUCUGUACGGUACAGAGUACAGUUUUUCGUCAAACAGUAAAGAUUGGUAGAGAUUUUUUUCCGCGUGUGAAAUUUUUUACAUUUGAAGUAAGCAACAUAAAGGUACAUGACGACAUGACGACGCCGCAGAAUCGCUUGGUGCUGCUGAUAAUAAAGGAUUAAUAAUGCAAUAAUUGAUCACUUUCAUAUGGACGAAAUUCGUUUACAGGGUUCUACGAUGGGAAUAUACAAGAUCUGGAGAAUAAAUUCCGUACCCUAAAGGUGGAAUAACUCCAUAAGGAAUGAUAUUCAUUUUUAGAGAACGAGCAUAUGUAGGAUUGGUGGACAAAAAUUUGAUGUCCAAAAAAAAUUUAUGGUUUAAUGUCUAAAAAGAAUUGACGCACCCAUUUUCGGUGCUUCGAUGCCUUGUUUGUAUCGUUUUCACUACGUCUCACUCCUCGGCCUUUUUUUUAAAUAUAAUCGGAACGAAAAUAAGCUUCGAAAUCGGCUCAGCAACGAUACGAUGAACACUAUUUUGAGACCAGAAGAUUUGAUUAAACGUAGUGGCUUUGUACAGGGUGCGGCAGCAUAGCUUCCUUUUUUAAAAUGCGCGCCACUCAGUUAGUUGAUGUCAUAGCGGAGCGCUAGUGGUCUCGUUCAAGAGGGGAUACUGUAAAGUUUUGUCCCGACACGGUUCAGUCGCCAUCAUGCGUUGGAAUAGUGAGGGAUGAAUUCGGACCGGUAUGUAAACAUGCUACAAAUUUUUUUUCCCACGGCUAGAAAAUUUGGAUUUGGGGUACACUUGGUUCCAACAAGACGGUGCAACAGCACACACUUCAAGAGCAUCGAUGGCUGAUUUGAGCGAACACUUUUCAGAGCGCCUUAUCUCAAUUAGAGGCGAUUUGGAAUGGCCGGCACGCUCUCCCGAUCUGUCCCCUUGCGAUUUUUUUCUAUGGGGUUUUUUGAAAUCCCGUGUUUAUGUGAACCGUCCACAAACCCUACAAGAUUUGAAGACUAACAUCCAAGAAGAAAUUGCCAACAUAACACCUGCUAUGCUAACAAGAGUCAUGACAAACGCCAGAAAUCGGUUUACGCAAUGUAUGGAGAAUGGGGGACGUCCCUCAACAGAUUUGAUCUUCAAAACAAUGUAAAUAAAAACUUUAGACAUGUACCUACAUUAUAAAAAACAAAUAAAUAUUUUCCGAUGCAUACAAUAGUUUUUAUUGAGUUUUGAAAAAAGUAAGUUAUGCUGCCGCACCCUGUAUAAGCAUCAUCAAACACUCGAAUGACUUGCACAUGUAAAUGUAGUAUUUGUAUUAAAUAAAUGAUUUUUUUUUCAUUCUAAUAAAAUAUAUUGUUUCUACAACGAAUAUUUUCGAUGGUACUGAUUUUUUGAAGAAAAAGUACAGAUGAGAAAAAUCACCGUUCGACAUCUCUCGCUUUCAUUUUUUAUGGAACAUAAUUUUUCUUGCUUUUGGAUGUGUCCUACGACUUUGAGUCGUUUAGAAAUAGCUUGGCGAGUUACUCCCAAUGAUUCUGCAAGCUCUGUUUGCGUUUGACACGAAUAUUGAUCGAGUAAUGUCUCUAACUUUUUGUUUUCAAUUUUUUUCGGUUGACCCGAACGCUUCCUGUCUUUAACACUAAAAUUACCACUUUUAAAUCAUCCAAACCAUUUCCUGCAAAAACUAUCCGAUAGUGCAGAGUCGCCAAAAAAACUUCCACAAGCAUUCAGUGCGCCUCAGCUGUACUUUUAUUUAAAAAAAAACAGAAAAUCCGGCAAAUGGUGUCCAUUCGCAACGAAACUUUACAUUUUCAACGCAGUAAAAAUUGAGCAAGUAAUGCAUCUUUGAACACAAGUCACCAUGCAGCAGUUUAACAAGUUCGUCGCUCCGUCACCCAGAUAUGGGUGACACUUUCCUCGUUGAAAUUGAACAGGAUUUUUAAACCGAAUUUGAUGGAAUUAACACCUAAAUAUAGAUUUACGAUAUGUAGAAAAAUCAUUAAAUCAAAAAAAAUAUCACUAAAAAUAUAGUGUUUACUCUAUGCUUUUGAUUACUUCGUAUUACGAAUGGUUCGUACUACAUUUCCAUACGAAAACCAUGUUAUAUGACAUUGGCAUAUGUUAUUGUUGUCAGUUCGUCUUGAAACUGAAACACUGAAUUGCUAGAUCAUGCGAAAAAUGCGUACAAACAUAGUUUGAUCUUCAUUUGAUAAUUUAUCCGCAAGUUAGGCUUCGAAUGAAACUCAGCUCGGUAGCGUUUGGCGACGAACGAGUUAACAGAUGUGUUUUUCCAUUAUUUCUAUGUUGAAAAUGUUCUACUUUAUGCGACCAAAUUAUAACCGAAACAGUUUUUAUUAUAUUUUAACGUAUUUUCCUUAUCGCGGCGCAAAGGUUAAUCUGAGAAGGUCGCCGUGAGGACUCUUAAAAAAUUUCGUGAAUCGACGAUAUGUUUUGUUAUUCAUACAUAGAAUAUAGUUAAAAUGUUAUAAACUGCCAGUUCAUUGUGCUGCAUCACAAUAUCAACUAAGAGAAAUUAUACUCUAUUUCUAAAAUCUUCCUAUUUAUCUCAUAUACUUAAUUGAUAGGAGCUAACUACCAAACAGAAAAGGAAUAUGAACAUGAACUCGUGAAUUUUAAAGAUUUUUUGAGGCCAACGCUUAUAACCAAAAUUUGUAAAAAGCACACAAGAAGUGGAUUGCAACAUGUGGCGAAAAAAAUCGGACCUCCGAUACUGGCGCUGUUUCCUAAGCAAAAGUAAGGUAUUCUAUACAGACUAUACAGACACAGAUUGUAAAAGACUUGAAGGCGUGCCCAAUACCUAAUAUACCCAAUGAAAAUCAGCAUCGAGAAUUCCUGUAGAAGAAAAAAAAGUUUUACUAAAUUACUUGCCAUAUAAUGUAGUGUAAAUCUAAAAAUGAGUGUGAAAAAAAACUUCCAGUAUGGGGAGCUAAUAAGUUUCCUGAUGUGAAAAAAGAUAUUGUUUUCCGAACAAAAGAUACGAUGAUAUUUUCACUAAAGUUGUAUCACCAUCGGAAAUAUUAUUGAUUCAGAACUACAACAAAUGAACAAUUUUAUGUCCCAGGGAAUUCUCACGUCUAAAAUUUGGAGUUCUCUAUUCAUCUUACAAACAUUUAAUAUUUUAUGGUUUUACGUUUCCUUGAUUCUGGAAUGGCAUUCACUUUUAAUUUAUUUUCUAGCUAUAUUAGACAAUAGAAUUCAGAUAUUUCCAUAUAUUUCACAUUAAAAUAGUUUAAUGUUCAAACUGGUACCGCAUCUUUCGUUAUAUCCCGUUAUAUAUUUAUGAAUACCUUGGUGGUGAUGUAAACCAAUGUCAUGGAUUUUAUCACUAUUUCUCGCACUAAAGGAAAAUCAUCGGCAGGUCUGUUUUCGGGAUCAAAUUUCAUCAACAUUGCCUUGUUUUGUUCUUUAUAUAUAUAUUAUUUUCUACAUACAACCGCAACCCAACCCACAGUCUGUGGCACUUCCUUAAUCUCGUCGGACUUCCUGUCAUUCAUUCGAAACCAUUUCCUGGUUUCGUAUCUCUGAAACAAAAACAGACGCCCGAGGGUUCUAGCUGUGGACGACACACAAUCCACUGUGUCCUCAGGGCCGGCCGGGAUAAGUUUUCUAUUCAUAUCUUUGGUUGACCCGGCUCCCUCCCCCUAAAGUUCACAACGAAGUCAUUGUCGACGCAACCGUCUUUGCCGACGUGAUGGGCUUUCGCGACUUCCAAUCAACCUCCCAGCUUGUUUCUCCUGGUGGUUUCUCGUGUGAUUAAUUAAGAUUAAUGACCACACAGUGCGAGAGCUAUGUUUUGUGAUAUGUAGCAGAAUUAUUGCAGAUUUAUUGUUUGCGCUUAGUCGAUGUUUGUGUGCUUAACGUGAAUGAAGCAAAUGAACCCGAUUUGAUUUUACUCGGAAAUAAUUACUGAGCGUUUCGGCGCAAGCCAUCCCCAUAAAUCCAUACCGUUCCGAUUUACCAUCGUAAUCUAUUUCGUUAUCCGGAAAAAAUGGCCUCACAACAUCUAUAAUCAAAUUAGAUUGCUUCUUUCAUGCUACGGUCGAGAGAAAAGGGAGUGAAACUUGCUCACGCAACAUGUGCCCUGGACACAAACGCAUCUCUUUUUGGGCUGGGAAAACCAAUUUCCGAACUUCGCCAUUGUCGUUUUCACACGUCACUCACCCAUCUCAACGCCGGCUCCGGGAGUGUGUGUGUGUGUGUGUGCGUCUGUUUGUGGUGCGUGGCUGCCUUUGGUGGCUUUUAUUGCCAGCGUGUUGAUGCCUUUGUAAACCCUCCCACGCAUUCAGCCACCCGAGCAAACUGAUGCGAGAAAACGCUCGUCACGUUCUUGUGGACCUAACCAAGAUACAACGAAAAAAAAAAUGAGUCCGACAAAAAGGGAGGCAAAGACGAUUAGCGGCGUAAAAAGAUACUAAUUAGAUUUUCGCCGCUCGCCUUUCGUUUGGAUUUAGCCGGGAGAAAAAUUCCGGCGAAUCCAAACUUUCGACGGGCAACCCCUUCGGAGUUUCUGUGUGGUCCAUGUUUACAAACUUUCGGCGGAACUAAUUGGGAUCUAUUCAGUGUGGGGUUUGUUGAAAUAGCCCUUGUGAAAUGACGUAUGAAAAUUGGGACAGUAUUCCCGCGAGAGAGGGAGAGACAGAUGUGCACUUUCUGUUGCUGCAAAAGAAGAGAAUUCAUCGAAACAAGAUUAAACGGUUAAUAAGAUACUAAGAAAGUGAGAUUAAUUGUAUCCUCUAGCGAAAAAAAAAAAAACAAAACGAGUGUAUAGUGAGAAGUGAACAAGAAAAAACGCAUCAUUCAUUCAUUAAUGUAUAUGAUAGGGAGCUGUAGUGAACACUGUAGGACAUAAUACUACUCACAUGUAUCCCCUAAACCAUAAAGUAGUCGAAUAGUGAGAGAAAUCUUUAAGCGUGCUAAACCAUAUUAACGGUAAGACUAGUGUUAGACUUCAUCUAUUCCAGUCUGAUUUUCCAUUACACGGUUCCUUUGGCCUAGGUUUGACUCAUCUCGAGGCGAUUGGUUGUUUUACGGCCUAAACGAUUUUCAAACUACAAACUCAUGAAUUCAAUCGCCUUCCAUUCCAGUCGAUUUAUGUGAUCUAUGUUGUGUGUGUAUGUACGUUUGCUAUCGUUGUUUGGUGGAUUAUGUUUGUCGGUAUCUUUUAUUGUGUUUUUAUGUUCAGUAGUGUCUAUCAUAUGUUUUGUUCAAUGUUGUAAAUGGGAAGAUUUGAGAGAUAACUGACCUACACAAAAAUACACACCCAAUUCAAUUUCAAAAACCGGUGGGAAAGUUUUGAAGCUAUCUGAACAGUGAUUAUAUUAACACGUUAAGCCUCAAUUGUAUCUUGCUGUGCUUUCCAUUCAGCCCGCUUUACGAGCGUUUGCACAAUAUCAGUGGCGGUCCCAGUUCCCAAUGAUACUUAUUGUAUAAAUAGAAAACAGUCAGCAAUUCGACUAGGAAGUAAGCACAUUUUGUGAAACAUCCGAAAACAAACCGUAUAUAUUUUAAUUUUAAUAUUUUGUAACUGUCAGUCCCAGUUAGUCAGCACUUUCCUACCAAAAAGCUCAACGUCGGCCCCUAGGGUCCGACGUGUGAUAGAUAUAUCAUCGCUUACCUCCUUGGUAGGGGACGUCAAAUACCCGACUCACGAUGUCCAACUUCUUCGCUCCGGCGUGGAGCUGGCAGUACGAACAAACUGAUUUUUUGUAAGACAUAUGAAUUAUUUACAAUGGUCCUACAUUUCAUUAGGAGAUGCAAUUUUUCAACCUCGAACUACACAAACUUUUCGCAAAUCCUGCUUCACCUGAUCCAAUUCGUCCAAUUCGCUUGCCGGGCUUCUCUUGUUCUUUGAAGGACCAAAGCUCUAGUGAACCCCUAUUGCAGGAGAUGACACAAUUAAGUUUAAGUUCGAUUCCGCUGAAAAUUUUGCUAGAGAAAUAUAAUGUAGCAUGAGACGGACGAAAACCCAUAUUUUCGUUCCAAAUAGGAAAUCUUAGAUGUACAAAUACUACUUCAGAACUCCAUUCUUCUGUACAUCAAAACGAGAGAUAAUGGUAAGUGGCCUUCUCGACAUUUUUUUAAAAUUCCGUCCAAUUGUACCCAUUUUCGCGCAAUUUAAUUACAGUAGAAGCACUCCGUAAAUUUGACUGUGAGUGGUAGGCUCUUACUCUUUUGUUUUGGUCGUGGCCUUCACAUAACGAUUGCUGUAUUACUAAAGCAUAGUUCUCAUGCUAAAAUAACUUUUUCCGUAUUUGGACCUAAUUACAGUCCUUCAUUGUGUUAACUGUGAUUUUCGUUAUACACGGUAACCUCGCUCCCCAACAUCCCAGUAAAUCGGGGUUCUACUGUAUUGGGCAAUGAUCGGAUGAAAUCUAAAUAAAAUAAGUAAAAAAAACUUUUUAAGUUAAACGGUUUAAUUGUGAUUCAAUUAUUAUGUUAUAAAAAGCUAGAAAAUAAUUAGGCAAGUAGCAGUUAGCAGUUAUCACUUUUCUCCUUCAUUAGUCUAGGACAUUAAUAAGACUAAAAUAAAAUCGUGGGACAUAUGA